UGUAGGAAAAUGGUGUACGAACUGUAAGGUUGUUUUUUUACAUUUAUAAAAUAAUAAUAAGUUCAUAAAUUUAUCAGAACCUAAUAAAAAUGCGUGCUUUAGUGAGUGUGUUAUUAUGUGUGCUCGUGCCUUUGUGUAGUGGUCAAAAUGCAGUAAUUCCUGAUAAAAAGAACCUACAUCUGGGACUAUCUGAAAGAAUAGGCAAUUUUUCAGUUGAACUAUUGUACUACACUACCGCAGCCCAAGAACGAGGUACGAAUUUAAUUAUAUCGCCUAUAACUGUAUGGACAGUCCUUGCAGUGAUAGCUGAAGGUGCAACUGUGAACACACUGACUGAAAUAUGCAAGGCCAUACGAAUUGUACCCAAAAAUAGACAAUUAGUUCGUGAUAAUUUCCAAAACAUCCAACAGUUUCUAGAAGUCAAAACGAAAACUGUUGAAUUGCAGAAAUUGAACUCGAUGUUCGUCGACCAGACGAAUCGGCCAGAAUCAGAUUUUAUUGAAAUAGCCAAACAAUACGAAACGUCGUUGAUCCCACUUAAUUUCUCUGAUCCGGAUCAUACAUCCAACACUAUUAACGAUGUUAUAUCGAAUUUCACUCAUGGCAGGAUUUUGAAGUUAAUAGACAGCAAUGACUUAAGGGACAGUCACAUGGUUUUAUCCAGUGCUUUGUACUUUAAAGGACAAUGGACUCUUCCAUUCAAUUCAUCAUUCACAAUGAAGCGGCCUUUUUAUAACAGUGCUGGGGAAGUAAUAGGUCAAGUUAACAUGAUGUACAAUAGAUAUACUUACCCAUUUGCUAAUAUAGAAGCCUUACAAGGUAGAGUGAUAGAAAUACAAUAUGGAACUGAGAACCGUCUGUCCAUGUUAAUAAUGGUCCCUUAUCCAGGCGUAUCUCUUCCAGAGAUGUUCUAUAAUUUCAAUAACAUCUCUCUCGACUUAGUGUUUGCAGAAUUGAAGAUAGCAAAAGAAGAGUAUGCAGACGAUGAAGUAGAUGCAUUUAUUCCGAGAUUUAAAAUUGAAACGAACAUUGAUUUGACCGAAUCUCUCAAGGAAAUGGGUAUUCACGAUAUGUUUGAUGAAACUAAAGCUAGGUUGCCUAAAAUUACUAGAGUGCCCACUUUUGUCAAGAAAGUGGUGCAUAAAGCAGAAAUAGAGGUAACUGAAGAAGGGACAACUGCAUCGGCAGUCACUGCGGCUGAAUUUAGCAAUCGUAUUGGUGUCUUGCGUUUUGAAGCAAACCGACCAUUCUGUUAUUUAAUCGUUGAAAAGACCACUAACACCAUUGCGUUUGGUGGGUUCUACCAAGUUCCAGAAUUGUUCUAGUUUUUAGUGGAAUAAUUAAUAAUAAAAUAUAAGAUCUGGUCAUUCUGUGAUUACUAUGAUCUAAUUGCCCUAGAUUGCCUAGAUUAAGUAUUCUUAGAUUAUAUUUAAGUUACUUGAUAUUUGUGAAUGAAAUUUAUAACAAUUUAUUCUAUAUAUUGUCAAGAAAAUAAUAGUCAAUUCUGAUUAAUACAUAUCUGUAAAAUAAAAAAAUAUUAUAAAACUA